AUGACCCUUGGAAAUUCCUCCGUCCGAAAGUACGCCGACAAGAAACUGAGGUAUUAUCGGCUGAGGAAGGAACUGCUGGAGCAAGAGGAGGAGGUGACGCGGCUGCACCAGACGAAGACGAGGCACCUGCUGUUGGUCACUGACUUGGCCAUGACCUCCUCAGGAAUGCAAGGGUUCCUUGUCUCUUCUUCACUAGACCACACUGCCAAGGUGUUCGAUCUCGUUACUGGGCGUCUCAUCUACAACAUCAUCUCAGCCACAGGCAUUACCAGUGUAGCGUGCAAUAGUUUAGGUUCUCAGGUGUUCUUGGGGAACAGCAAUGGCACAGUCAAUAUUGCAAACUUGUUGCCUCAUCCACCUCCUGGUGAUGUGCAGGUCAGCAGUAACAACAUAUGCCAUACAAACAGUGUGAGACAUAUAGCAGUAACCACUACAGGCAACCAGCUUGUCACAGGUGGGGAAGAUGGUGACGUAAAGGUGUGGAGUAUUGCUGGCUUGCCCUUGGCGAGUCUUGAAAAUGCCAGUAACCACAACCCUUCACUUGCCCUCCAAAAGGUCGUUCACACAGGCCGUGGACGCAUCAACAACUUGGCCAUCCUACGCACCGACAGGGAGGCACUCUCAGAUGCAGACAGAGAGGUAGAGGAAGUCAUUGCUCCAUUCAGUCAGGACUUCUCUAAUCCACUCAAUGCUGAAGUCACCAUUCCAAUUAGGGGCAAAGGGAAACCACAGCCACAACAUCUGGACAUCUUCAAUUUUGCUACAGAUCCAUGUUUUGACAGCGUGGAGCCAGAGAAGGGUCCAGACUACAAGAAUGAGCUUGAAGAGUCAGUCAUAAGCCUUCAGGAAAAUAACAAGGAUCUCUACAAUUUUGCAAUGAAGCAAAUCCUGAGGAAAACACCCAAAGGAGGAAAAGGAAGUGCUAACCGGAAAACCAAUAAUAAAGGAAAGAAAGCGAGUGCCAAUAAAAACAGAUAUUUUGAUACAAAAGAGAAAAAGUAAAAAA